UUUGUUAUUAUUUGUUUCUUUUAUUUACAUUCAUAUUUUCUAGCAAAAAAGUCUAGGAAUUUCUUAAUAUUUUCGCACAAAAUGUUAAGAAAAGAAACGAAUCCUUUUACCCAAUUGGGUUUAAGACCUUGGUUAGCAAAACAAUUAACUAAAUUGGGUCUUAAACAGGCUACACCUAUCCAAGAAAAUUGUAUACCAGCUAUAUUAGAGGGUAAAGAUUGCAUAGGAGCUGCCAAAACUGGAUCGGGUAAAACAUUUGCCUUUGCUUUACCCAUACUGGAAAAACUAAGUGAAGAACCUACCAGUCAUUUUGCUUUAGUGUUAACACCUACACAUGAAUUGGCCUACCAGAUCUCCGAGCAAUUUUUAGUGGCUGGUCAGCCUAUGGGUGUACGUGUUUGUGUAGUAUCGGGUGGUACUGAUCAAAUAGUAGAGGCACAAAAAUUAAUGCAAAGACCUCAUAUUGUUGUGGCUAUGCCGGGUCGUUUGGCAGAUCAUUUAACUGGCUGUGAUACGUUUUCAUUUGAUAAUUUGAAAUUUUUAGUAGUGGAUGAAGCUGAUCGUAUGUUAAAUGGUGAUUUUGAUGAAAGUCUUAAAGUUAUUGAAAGCUGUCUGCCCAAGGAAAGACAGAAUCUAUUCUUCUCCGCCACUAUGAAGGAUUUCAUUAAAGAAUCCAGUAUUUUUCCCAUAGCUAAAGAUUGUUUGGAAUGGUCAGAAGAGUUUCAGACCGCCACUGUGGAAACCUUGGAUCAGCGAUAUUUGCUAUGUGCCGACUAUGAUCGUGAUAUGGUUUUAAUCGAAGCUUUACGCAAGUAUCGAGAAGAUGAUGAAAAUUCCAAUGUUAUGAUUUUUACCAAUACCAAAAAAUACUGCCAGUUAUUGUCCAUGACCUUAAAUAGCAUUGGCAUCGAUAAUGUGUGUCUACAUGGUUUCAUGCGUCAAAAGGAAAGAGUAGCGGCAUUAAAUCGUUUCAAAUCGAAACAUGUACGCACUUUAAUUGCUACUGAUGUGGCAGCCCGUGGCCUCGAUAUACCCAGUGUACAAUUAGUUAUCAAUCAUCGUUUACCAAGAACACCUAAAGAGUAUAUACAUCGUGUUGGACGUACGGCUCGUGCUGGUCGCAAAGGUAUGGCCAUAUCAAUAUUUCGUUUUCCUCGUGAUCUAGAGCUAUUGGGAGAAAUUGAAGAGGCCAUCAAUACGAAAUUAACCGAACAUCCCAUAGAUCAAAAAAUGGUGGAACGUAUUUUCAUGCAAGUUAACGUUUCGAGACGUGAAUCAGAGAUACAAUUGGAUAAUAAUGACUUUGAUGAACGAGCACAAAACUAUAGAAGAAAACAAUGGAUUAUUGAGGGCAAGGAUCCAGAUGAAAUGGAAAAUCUUUACCGUAAAAAACAAAAAGAUAAAUUACGAGAAAUUAAACGUCAACGUAAAGAACGUUUACAAGAAUUACAAAAUAAAGAACCUUCUACUCUUAUACAAGAUGAACGCUUCAAAUCGGUGGAUACCCAACGUUUUGAAAAGAAAAAGAAAUCUAAGAAAAACACUGCAGAUGCUAAAACACCCGAUCAAUCCGAUAAACCAUCAAACUUAACACAAAAGAAAAAGAAAGUAGAUAAACGUUUCCAACAAACAGCUUUACCAAAUAAAAAAACUAAAAAUCGAUUAAUAACUAAAAAAGUUGGAGCAAAGAAAACAUGAUAAUUGUAACUAUAUAUAUUUUUUCAAUUUUUUUUAUUAUAUAAUUUUAAACUUAAAAUAAACUUAUAGUUAGACAAAAAUAAUGGAUUUUUGUAAAACCCAA